CCUGAUAAAAAAUCAAGUUUAGCUGAACAUACCAUGGAGCAACUUUUUGCGUGCAGUGUGUGUGAUAAAACUUUUGCACACAAAGCCAGUUUGUAUCGACACAAUUUUAUUCAUACAGGAGAAAUGCCAUAUUCAUGCAGUGAAUGUGAUAAAGGAUACACUAAGAAAUCCAGUUUAGAUAGGCACUUUCUUGUUCAUACAGGAAUUAACCGUUAUUCAUGCAGUGUAUGCGAUAAAACAUUCACACAGAAAACCAGUUUGGAUAGGCAUUAUCUUUCUCAUACUGGAAUGAAGCCUUUUUCUUGCAGUAUCUGUGAUAAAACAUUUAUACAGAGAGCUGAUUUAAGGAGACAUUCUCUUGUUCAUACUGGAGAAAGGCCUUUCUCAUGCAGUGUUUGUGGAAAAACCUUUACACGUAAAAUCAAUUUAAAUGCACACUCUGCUAUUCAUACUGGGGAGAAGCUUUUUUCCUGUAAUCUUUGUGAUAAAACUUUUGUACAUAAAAUAAAUUUUGAUAGGCAUUAUCCAGUUCACACUGGAGAGAAACCCUAUUCGUGCAAUUUAUGUGAUAAAACAUUUGCACAUAAAUUUCUUUUAAACGAGCACCGUGUUGUUCAUACUAAAGAGAAACCUUAUUCGUGCAAAGUGUGCACUAAAACAUUUGCACAAAGAGUUAGUUUAUAUAGACACAAAUUUGUUCAUACAGGGCAGAAGCCUCAUUCAUGCAGUGUAUGUGAUAAAACAUUCACACGAAGAGCCAAUUUAACUGCACACCUUGCUGUUCAUAACAAAAAAAAAGAAAUCUGAUCUAGUGUAAUGUGUGAAUAGCAUUACAGUGAUAAUAUCAGUUAAAGGCUCCUCCCAUAUUACUGGGGGUGAGAUCAAUCCUUGUAGCCGACUAAACAUCCAGCAAGAUGCUCUUUAAAUCUGUUGUUGGUGAAAAUCCUGUGAAGGAUUGUGGUGGGGAAAUAAAGAGAAUAGAAAUAUGUGAUCUGGAGAUAGGGAUACCAGACAUGGCACUGUCCACAUUGUCUGAUUUUGAGCAAAAUUAUGUGGAGUUGCACAUGGCGGUUAAAACAUAAAAGUGGAGAAAAAUAAGGGUAGAUCCUCAAUCAUAGUUGGGUAAUGUGUAGCAUUUGAUAUAACAUUCACAUAGAAAACUAUUUUAAAUAAGCUCUCUCUUGUUCAUAAUAGAUGUUAUAAUUAAGCCUUCUAUGGGAGAAAACUUUAUGAAGAUGCAUAAGGAAUUUCCACUCUAAUGUUGAGCAUAAGAAAAAGUGGCAUAUUAUUUUUUCCAAAGUGUGGUAAAAUGGCAGCACUCUGGACCAAAUAGUUUUUGAACUAUAGUACGAUAAAAAGUUUAACCACUAGUUAGAGUCAUUAGUUUAUCGUUUUCUUUUAUUAUUUUUAAUUGAAUUUAUAAAGUUCUCUGUAAUUGCUUGUUUAUUUGUUUUAUUUUAGUUUCAUAAAAUGCUUAAAUAUUGAUUUUUUUAAGAAUGCCUGUGUUAAUGAAGAUCAAAGUGCAUUUUGUAAAAGUAAAUUAUAAUUUAUUUAUUUAGC